AUGAGGCUAUUGGAUGUUGAAGGGCAGAUUGUCCACAUUCGCACUGGCAGGACAAUGAUGAGGUCCACCAUCAAUUACCUCGUUGCCAUAAUCAGUGAUUUACUGAAGGAUGCCGAGAAAUGGUUACCUGCAGCUGAACGAUUGUUUGGCUAUAUUGUCAUGCAAUUACCGUGCGAAUCUGGUUCGUCAUUGGAGCAGAGGAAUGCUGCUCGAUCGGGUUUGCGGCUUCGGAAGAAGCACAAGAGGUUGGACGCGAUAUGCGAGGAGGAAUAUAAUCGAAACCAUGGUGAAUUCAAUGAGGGUGAUUUUGUUGAGGAUGGUGGUGAUGGAGGGGUUCGCCGAAGCUCUCGGGUUCGGCGUGUCCCGGUUCUGCUGGAUGCGUCUCCCGCUCCUCCGAAGAAGCGGCAGAGGUUGAUCAAGAAUGGAGUGCUGAGUGGUGUGAAGGAUGCUAAGAUUGAAGAGCGGGUGACCAGGAGCUCUGUUGGGGUAGAGAUUCCGAAAGCUUGGAGUUCGAGGUUGAGAUCAAGGGUUAGAAGUGUAGGUUUUGAGGUGAAGGAAGAGAGGGAAUCGCCAGGUGGGAAAAGGAAACUGAUUGAGGAAGGUGUUGAAAGGAGAGAUGAGGAGGAGGUUGAGGUUAGAGAGGUUGGUAAGAAAGAGGAAUUGGAAGAUGGGAUGCCGAAAAUAGUUAAGACGAAGAGGCCCGGGAGGAUCAAAGCUACAAAGGGUGAAGAGGGGCAUAAAGAUAAAGAGAAUGAGACUCAUGAGGAUUUACUUGAGACUAAGAAUCAAGAAGUGGAGCUUACAUUGAGCAAAGAUGAGGACAGUGCUUCAGUUCUAGAGGAAACCCAGUUGUCUGAUGGGAAUCUGAUAGAAAUAUUGGAUGGGAAUGCCCCUCCAACAAUAGGGAAUGGAGAGAGAGAUCUAUCUAACAAUGUGCAAACAGAGGAGUGUAAUGACAGCAUUGAACUGUCACCGGUGAAAAUUGUAGAUAAACAGGAUGAUCAGUUAGAGACUGCGAAGGAAGGAAAAAAUGCAAGUGAUGAAGCAGAAGUUGCUGGAACUUUGACAGAACACGUAGAAAAUGAAGAAUCUGCUGAUAAGGAGGUUAACAUGGAUGAAAUGACCUUGCAAGAUUCUAAUAUCAUAAGGAUAAAUGAUUCCAAACAAGCUUCAAAUGACAAGCCUCGCCACCAACGUAUUAAAGAGGGUAGGCGGUGUGGUUUGUGUGGUGGAGGGACUGAUAGUAAACCUCCAAAAAGAUUAGUACAGGAUAAUGGUGAAAGUGAGAAUGAGGCAUAUAGUGGCUCUUCAGCUUCAGAGGAGCCUAAUUAUGAUAUCUGGGAUGGCUUCGGUGAUGAACCUGGCUGGUUGGGGCGCCUCUUGGGUCCUAUUAAUGAUCGCUAUGGUAUUGCUGGAAUAUGGGUUCAUCAGCACUGUGCUGUAUGGAGUCCAGAGGUUUAUUUUGCUGGCUUGGGAUGCUUAAAAAAUGUGAGAGCUGCACUUUGUAGAGGAAGAGCAUUGAAGUGCACACGUUGUGGGAGGCGAGGAGCUACCAUUGGUUGUCGUGUUGAUCGUUGUCCAAAAACAUAUCACUUGCCUUGUGCAAGGGCAAAUGGUUGCAUCUUUGAUCAUCGUAAAUUUCUUAUAGCUUGCACAGAUCAUCGGCAUCUCUUUCAACCUCACGGUAAUAAAUAUUUCGCUCGGAUAAAGAAGUUGAAAGCUAGGAAAUUGAAGUUGGAGAUGAGGAAACUUUCAAAUGAUGCUUGGAAAAAGGAUGUUGAAGCAGAAGAGAGAUGGCUGGAAAAUUGUGGUGAGGAUGAAGAAUUUUUGAAACGUGAGAACAAGAGGCUUCAUCGUGAUUUAUUGAGAAUAGCCCCAGUGUACAUUGGUGGUUCAGAUUCGUCCAGUGAAAAAUCAUUUCAAGGAUGGGAAUCUGUUGCUGGGCUUAAAGAUGUCAUCCAGUGUAUGAAGGAAGUUGUUAUUUUACCUCUAUUAUAUCCGGAGUUCUUUGGUAAUUUAGGGCUUACGCCUCCAAGAGGUGUUCUGUUACAUGGAUAUCCUGGAACUGGGAAAACGUUAGUGGUCCGGGCAUUGAUAGGUGCAUGUGCUUGUGGCGAUAAACGGAUUGCAUAUUUUGCCCGUAAAGGUGCAGAUUGCUUGGGAAAAUAUGUGGGUGAUGCUGAGCGCCAACUAAGACUAUUAUUUCAGGUUGCUGAGAGAUGUCAACCUUCUAUUAUAUUUUUUGAUGAGAUAGAUGGAUUGGCACCCGUCCGAACUAGGCAGCAAGAUCAGACACAUAGUUCUGUUGUGUCAACAUUACUUGCUCUUUUGGAUGGUUUGAAAUCUAGGGGUUCAGUUGUAGUUAUAGGUGCAACAAAUCGUCCUGAAGCUGUUGACCCAGCACUUAGGCGCCCGGGAAGAUUUGAUCGGGAAAUUUAUUUUCCAUUGCCAUCGAUGAAGGACAGAGCUGCAAUUCUUUCUCUUCAUACACAGAGGUGGCCAAAACCAAUUACUGGAUCCUUGCUUGAGUGGAUUGCAAGAAAAACUCCUGGCUUUGCUGGUGCUGAUCUCCAGGCUCUUUGUACUCAAGCGGCCCUCAAUGCUUUGAAGAGGAAUUUCCCUUUGCAAGAAGUGCUAUCUGCAGCCGAAGAGAAAGAUUCUGGUUGUAAGAACCUUCCUCUUCCGUCUUUUGCGGUGGAGGAGAGGGAUUGGUUGGAGGCUUUAUCAUGUUCUCCACCACCAUGCUCUCGGAGAGAAGCUGGAAAUGCUGCUAAUGAUAUAAUAUGCUCCCCUCUUCCCAUACACCUUAUUCCGUGUUUAUUGCGGCCAUUAUGCACUCUUCUCAUAUCUCUUUUUCUCGAUGAACACCUAUGGUUGCCGCCUCCUAUAUCUAGAGCUGUAACAAUGAUUAAGAAUGUGAUGAUUUCUGCUUUAGACAAAAAGAAAAUGCCUCUUGAUCACUGGUGGUUGCAUGUUGAUAAUUUUCUUCAAGAAGCAAAUAUUGCAGCCGAGGUAGAGAGGAAGCUCACUUGUUCUGGCAUUUUGUCUGCUGAUGAUGGUUUUGCUGGCUCUUUGGAUUGUGUGGAUGAUAUUGAUGAUAACAGGGUGAAAUUUGAACACUCUAUGAAGCUUGGCAUGCGCAGUGGUUUGUCAUUUGCAUUGACAAACAAAUCAGGAACACGUAUAUUGAUUGCUGGAAAUCCCAGAUCUGGCCAGAGAUAUCUUGCAUCUUGCCUUCUUUACUGCUUUACUGGGAAUGUUGAAAUUCAGAAGAUUGAUAUGGCAACUAUUUCGCAAGAAGGACAUGGAGAUGUAGUUCAAGGGAUUGCAAAAAUAUUAAUGAAAUGUGCUAGCGUGCAAUUAUGUGUAGUAUUCAUGCCAAGAAUUGACUUGUGGGCUGUGGAGACACAUUUCCAAAUGUCUGAAACUACCGAUUCCUGCUCAACACUUCAUGCAUCCUCUGAGAUGGAAAAGUCUUGCCAAGCCAGCAGAAGGGUUUCACAUGCCUGGAUGUCAUUUAUUGAGCAGGUGGAGUCCAUUGGUGUAUCCUCAUCCUUGAUGAUUCUGGCUACUUCAGAAGUUCCCUAUACUGAACUUCCAUGUAAAAUAAAGGAAUUCUUCAAGACGUACCAGUCAAAAUACAGUCAAUCAAUUCCUUUGGAGCAGACAGUUCCUCAAUUCUCUCUGCAGAUUGAUGGGAAAUUUGAUCACGAGGUGGUGAUCAAUCAAUCUGCAGUAGAGCUAUUGAGAAAUGUAGUUGAACAGCAGAUUCAAUUAAUUCAUCAGAGAUCUCAUAUUCAAAUGGGUGCCCGCAGGGGGGACAGAGCCUAUUGUUCAAUUGAAGCUUGUAAAGAUAGAGAACUUCAGAGAAACAAUAAUGAAUCAGCCAGUGAGAAGAAUGGUAAAAUGCAACUUCCUGAAUCCUUUACAAAAGUUCCAGCACCACCCAACAGUAGGUCACUGAAGGGGAAGUCAACCCUAUUGUUGGCAAUAUCCACGUUUGGUUAUCAAAUUCUUCGGUACCCACAUUUUGCUGAACUUUGUUGGGUCACAUCAAAACUCAAAGAUGGUCCUUGUGCUGAUGUAAGUGGACCUUGGAAGGGCUGGCCUUUCAAUUCCUGUAUAAUUCGUCCUAGUAAUUCACAAGACAAGGGCAUGGGUCCUUGUGGCUCUAGUAGCAUGAAAAGCAAAGAGAGAUCUGGCUUAGUUAGAGGCUUGGUUGCUGUUGGUUUAUCAGCAUACAGAGGUGCUUACACAUCUGUCAGGGAAGUUUCCCUUGCGGUUCGGAAUGUUCUUGAGAUCUUGGUUGGGCAAGUUAAUACAAAAAUUCAAGCUGGAAAGGACAGAUUUCAAUAUCUCCGUGUUUUAUCACAAGUGGCUUAUCUGGAAGAUAUGGUCAAUAACUGGGCUUAUGCAUUACUGAGUCUAGAGCAGGAUUCCCCAGAGUGUAUGACGAAGGUUAUGCCGGAAAAUGUUGGGCCAUUAAAUGGCCAUCUCACAAGUGAUGAUCACCAAGCUGAAGGUGUAAAUUGCCAUUUGGUUGUUCCUAUGGAAGGUGAUGAUUUAGAGACGCUGGGGAGAAGUUGUAAGGGAAUUCCUGCUGAAACAACUGGAUUUAUUUUCUUCAAUGACAGAAAUGAUGAUUUAAAUAAUCUUCAUCAUGAUGGUAUAAAUGCAAGUUCUGAAGGAUCUCUUCAAAACCAUUCUUUUUCAGAUAAGCAUAUCAACAACUCAGCUGAUAUAAACCUACCUGUUGAUCCAUCCUUAAAUCAGGAGAAUGGGAUGCCAUCGUUAACUUCUGGAAAUUUUACAGUGGUGAGUGGAGAAUUCGGGUUUGCGAAAGACUUGAAUGAAUCCAUACUCACUCCCUCUGUUUCCCUCUCUGAAAAUGGAGAAUGUGGGUUGUCAAAAUCUACUUUCACUAACUCUGUUACCCUUUCUGAAAGUGGACUUCAUAGUGCCCGUGAACCAGAGUGUGUUGAGAUUGGCAACUCCAAGAUUGUCUCUAAUCCGCCCCUCAGCUUGUCCUCAGAAGAGACUGGUGUUAAAUUAAGUGAUGUUAACUCUGGAAAAGAUGAAAAUGCUAUAGACAUUAAUAUCCCUUCAAGCAAGGGCAGUGGUCCUGCUGAAUCUGGGGUUAUUUGUUCAUAUCAAUGUUGCCCUCAAUGUCUAUACAGUCUCUAUAAUUUGACAAAGAAAUUACUUGUUCAUGAGUGGGGGUUGAAUAGUAGCCAUUGGACUGUAGAAGAUCUCCAUGAUGCUGUAGCAUUAUUAUCUGUGGAUCUUAUUUCAGCAGUUAGAAAAAUUCACCUGGCCAAAGAUCUCACUGAUUUAUCUGAUGAAAACUUAAGGCAUGAAAAGCAUGAAGCAUCUCUUGAAUGUUCAAACCUGAGAACUUGUAAUCCCAGAAACACUGGAGUGCCAGCUGAAUGUGUUUCUCACUCGAAAAGCCAUCAUGCAACUGGAAGCAAAGAUAUGGCACUGAAUGAACCACUGAAGCUUGAUUUUAAAUAUGUUUUCAGAGAUGGUGUACUUAUUCAUAUGGACCCAGACAAGGAUGUCUCUCUUCACUGUAAAUUUGAGACCUUUUGCCUCUGUUCUGUUAGAGAGUUGAUAGUAAUGAUAAAGUGCCCUUUUGAUUGAGCUAUUGUUUCAUAGCUUGGAUUGCUUAGCAAUUUUUUUGGUGCUGAAG